AUGGCCAAGGUCAGCACCCAAUACUCCAGCCCCUCCCUGACCCACCUCACAGCAAAGACGGUGGACAGAGACCUUGAUCGUGCUGAGAAUGGCCUCAGCAGGGGCCACUUGCCAUGUGAGGAGUCACCCACAGCUCAGCAGCAAGGGAUCGUCAUGGAGACCAGAGGACCGGCUGGACCCAGGCAAAGCUCCUUCACUGGCCAAGGGCCUGCCAGGUUGUCACGCCUCAUCAUCUCACUGCGCACGUGGGCCGCCAGGCACUCACGCCGCAAGGAUCCGAGACCAGACUCUCUGCUGGACCAUUUCCGUGGAGCUGAGCUCAAGGAGGUGUCCAGUCAAGAAAGCAGUACUCAGUCACAUGUGGGCAGUCAGGAGCCACCAGACAGAGGGAGAAGCGCCUGGCCUCUGGCUAGAAGCAACACCAAUGCCUCUAACAAUUCAAAGGAGGCUUCUAACAACUCAAAGGAGGCUUCUAACAACCCAAAGGAGGCCCCCAAGAACCCAAAGGAGGAAAAGAAGGAAGCGUUCGUGGUGGACCCCUCCAGCAACCUCUACUACCGCUGGCUGACUGCCAUCGCCAUGCCCGUCUUCUACAACUGGUGUCUGCUCGUGUGCAGGGCCUGUUUCGAUGAGCUUCAGUCUGAUCACCUGAUGCUGUGGUUGGUCCUGGACUACUCAUCAGAUGUCAUUUAUGGCUUGGACAUACUGGUGCGCACUCGGACAGGUUUCCUUGAGCAAGGCUUGAUGGUCAAGGACACUAAGAGGCUCUGGAAACAUUAUACCAAGUCCACGCAAUUCAAGCUGGAUGUAUUGUCUCUGGUCCCCACAGACCUGGCUUAUAUAAAGUGGGGUGUGAACUACCCGGAACUGAGGUUCAACCGCCUACUGAGACUGUCCCGACUCUUCGAGUUCUUUGACCGCACAGAGACAAGGACCAACUACCCCAAUGUGUUCAGGAUUGGGAACUUGGUCCUGUACAUCCUCAUCAUCAUCCACUGGAAUGCCUGCAUCUACUUUGCCAUCUCCAAGUUCAUCGGUUUCGGGACAGACUCCUGGGUCUACCCAAAUAUCUCCAAGCCAGAGUAUGCACGCCUCUCCAGGAAGUACAUUUACAGUCUCUACUGGUCCACCUUGACCCUGACCACCAUCGGUGAGACGCCACCCCCUGUGAAAGAUGAGGAGUAUCUCUUUGUGGUCAUAGACUUCUUGGUGGGCGUUCUGAUUUUUGCCACCAUUGUGGGCAACGUGGGCUCCAUGAUCUCGAACAUGAACGCUUCGAGGGCAGAGUUCCAGGCGAAGAUCGACUCCAUCAAGCAGUACAUGCAGUUCCGCAAGGUGACCAAGGACUUGGAGACGCGGGUGAUCCGCUGGUUUGACUACCUGUGGGCCAAUAGGAAGACAGUGGAUGAAAAGGAGGUGCUUAAAAACCUUCCAGACAAGCUGAAAGCCGAGAUCGCCAUCAAUGUGCACCUGGACACCCUAAGGAAGGUCCGCAUCUUCCAGGACUGCGAGGCGGGGCUGCUGGUGGAGCUGGUGCUGAAGCUGCGACCGACUGUGUUCAGCCCUGGGGAUUAUAUCUGCAAGAAGGGGGACAUUGGGAAGGAGAUGUACAUCAUCAAGGAGGGCAAGCUGGCCGUGGUGGCCGAUGACGGGAUCACCCAGUUUGUGGUCCUCAGCGACGGCAGUUACUUUGGGGAGAUCAGCAUCUUAAACAUCAAGGGAAGCAAGUCGGGGAACCGGAGGACAGCCAACAUCAGGAGCAUCGGUUACUCGGACUUGUUCUGCCUAUCCAAGGAUGAUCUGAUGGAGGCCCUCACGGAAUACCCCGAGGCCAAGAAGGCCCUGGAGGAGAAGGGACGGCAGAUCCUGAUGAAGGACAACCUGAUCGAUGAGGACGUGGCCAAGGCUGGGGCAGACCCCAAGGACAUCGAAGAGAAGGUGGAGCACCUGGAGUCUUCCCUGGACGCACUGCAGACCAGGUUUGCUCGGCUCCUGGCCGAGUACAACGCUGCACAGAUGAAGGUGAAGCAGCGGCUCAGCCAGCUGGAGAGCCAGGUGAAGAGCAGCGGGGGCGACCUCCCGUCUGAUGGGGAGACGCCCGAUGAGGCUGCAAAGACAGAGGCCAAAUAG